AAAUCGUGUGAGGUGUAGCAGCGCUCUUCUUUUCCGACUAGAGGACAGUGUGACAGGAACAAGUUACAAACCCUUCGGAUAUAAGUGUCUUCCCCGAAUAUUAUCAAAUGGAUUUAACCAGAAAGCAAACGGCAAAAUAUAAUUAAAGCAACAGAUUCUCUGCCGCAAGCUGGGUAUUCAACUUGGGAAUAUAUCAUGAAGAGAAUGCACUUCCCGCCACUGCUACUGGUCUUGAUCAGCGUUGUUGUGAUAGGAUCUCAUCCAGAAUCAACAAAGGGAGAAUGCAUCGAUGAAGUCAGUCAAGACAUUUCAUUCCGGGCCUUUCUCUGUCCCCAGGCUGCUUCUCUCUCUAAGUUAUUCGAACAAUUGAAAGGAGAGAAUCAAAGAAUACGCGUCAAAAUCACGGUGGAGAAGGUGGACGGACAGCUAAGACUGCAGCCUCCUCCCAACAUCUUCAUCAUCUCGCUUUUUCUUCAGAACGCGAACGUAACACAAAUAUCUAUUGAAAUGGAAAACCAGUCGUCGUUGUCAUCCUUAAGCCAGCUGGACCUGAGGAACAACCGCUUCUUUAAGCUGGAACACAUGCAGUGGAGCGUCCUGUCCUCGCUGACGGUACUCAUUCUCAGAGAAACGCCUGUGACUGAAAAGGCACUGACGUUAUUGUUGUCGCAUCUUCCUGCUCUCCAGCACCUUGACAUCUCCUCUUCUGGCCAUCGCUUCCUCCCUGAGAAAGUCUUCGACAAGAACCCGGAACUGCAACACCUCGAUUUAUCGAAUAAUGAAUUUGGGAAAAUAACACUACCUGGAAACUUAACCUUGAGACUGACGCACCUCAACAUCUCGAGCUGUCAUCUGGACGAGGUGUCCGUGCUGACGGCGUGCGUGGAGGGGCCGUGUCCCACGCCCUCCUCCCAGGGGCGCCUGAGGACUUUGGACGUGUCCAACAACUAUCUGAAGUGGCUGCCAAGGAGGCUGGUGGAGUCCCUCAAAAAUGAUUCCUUUGUUAAUAUCAAAGAAAACCGCUGGAUCGAGGCGUGCCAUAACUGCUCGCUCUACCACCUGUGGCAGUACUCGAGGCAGGCGCUGCACAUUGACGCCCGCGAGGAACUCGACUGCUUCAGCGAGGCCGUUCUUCGGAGCUGCGGCUGGGAGGACUGCCCCGCCGAGUGCGACUGCGACAGCGGGAGGAAGACGGUGAACUGCACCGGGAAAGGCCUGGUGGAGCUGCCGAUCGUCGUGCCCUCCGAGACCGAGAUCUUCCUGGCGGACAACAACGUCAUCACCAACAUAGAUAACGUGGCCUUUCCCACGUACUGCAACCUCAGGCGCCUCAGUGUCGAACGCAACCUCGUGACUAAGCUUUUGCUCUCAGGACGAGGGAAAUGCGACUGUUAUACAUACGACUACUACAGUAAGGAUAGCAAGUGUUAUCCUCAGCAUCUCCACACAGUGUCCUUAGAUGAUAACAAAAUUAAGAGACUAACCGCUACCGACUGUCCGUUGCUGUAUCCUCUGGGGACACUUACGAUGUCUAGAAAUAAGUUGGAAAGCCCCGGAGUGCAGGUCUGUGGCUCCCUACUACACCUGCUUUCCCUCGACCUCUCAAACAACAGUAUCGCCAACGUCACCUCUCUUGACCUCGCCACAUACCCGUCUCUGCAGGAUCUCAACCUCUCUCACAACGCCCUAAAAAAAUUCCCUCUCAACAUAACCGAUCUAUUGCCUAGACUCAAGACUCUGAACGUCAGUUCCACUUCCAUAAGAAAUUUAACCAGUGGGACCUCGGGACUGGGUAUUAUUUUCGGAGACAACUCUAUGGUGAACUGCAGCCACGGUCAAGGCGGGGAAAAGGAAGGUCAAGGGAAGCCCGAGGUCCUCUGGCAGAUGACCAGGAGGCGCCACAGUCAAGGCGGAGAAAAGGAAGAACAAGAGCCCGAGCCAGAGAAAAUCCUUACGAUGACCGAUGCCGUCUGCAUCAUAGCAAUCCUACUCUGCUACGUGUUCAUCGUGUGUGUCAUGCAUUGGUACUCCCUUCGACGAUACACCACGAAGGAGAUUGAAGGCACGAGUGAGUGCAAGUACUCAGUGUUCGUUGUCCACUCCUCAAAAGACCAUGAGAUGGUUCGAGAAAACUUUAUCAUACCACUUUUCCAACGCGGAUACAGUGUAGCCUGGCACGAGAAUGCGUUUGUUCCCGGGACGUGGAUAUUGGAGAACAUAGAGAGAGCGGUGAGAAAUUCGGAAAGGAUGGUGGUCUUUGCAACUGACAAUCUUGCAGCAAGCAGGAGUUCUCUGCGAGAGAUUCGUCGCGGGCGUCACGAGGAGAUGGACAGAGAAGAAUUCAAGGUUAUGGCUUUGGUCACGGAAACGCUACCGAGGGCGCUGGUGAAGGACCUGUACGAGGUCGUCGCCCUGCGCACGCACAUUCACUACAGCGAUAGAGACUACAUCGAGAAGAUCUGCCGCUUCCUGCGCCCCCCGCGACCGGCUCCGGUGCAGGACGCCCCCCUUUUGAGCGCCACCAAUAUCCGGUCGCAUCUGGAUCGCUUUGAUGAAAUGCGGAGAGGACACAGGGAUCGGAGCAUGUCUGAGGUAGUGCAUUUGCAUCGCGAUAAUGAGGGUUAUGUCAUCGACCAGUACACCGCGUCUAUCAACAAAGGAGCGAGGGUGUCGCCCUGGUCACAGAUGUCGCAAGAGGAUCGGGUUCAGAUGCUUUUAAAAUACACGAAGAGCCCAGAAUUGCCGGCAGAAAGCUACGCAGAAAUAAGAAAUCAAAACUACGUGUUACUGGAUCAGGAAAACGACGAUAAUGAGGAUGAAUAUUCGUUCCAGUUGGUCACUUCCUCCAGGUUCUUCAUCACAAGAACUUCCUGUCGGUUCUGAGAGGGAGAGGGAGAGAAAGCAAGAGAGUGAGUGAGAGUGAAUGAGAGAGUAGAAGAGCGAGAGAGCAAUAGAGCAAGAAAAGAGAACAAGAGAGCGAGAGAGAGAGAGAGACAGAGAUAGACAGAUAGAGAUAGAAAUAUAUGUAUAUGUAUAUAUAGAGAGAGAUCAAGAGAGCAAGAUGGAGAGAGAGAGAUCAAGAGAGUAAGAGAGUAAAAGAGAGAGAGAGUGAGUAAGAGAGGACGAGAGAGAGCAAGAGAAAAAGG